UUAAGUCGGUCAGAGUCCACCUGAUACAACAACAAGAGUUGAUGUUUUGCAGUCUGUUCAACCUGCCGUCUGAUUUCUCCUAUCAUUCAGAUGAAAGAUGGCAAGCUACAAUGGAAGCAUAAGCUCAUACCUUCUCAUAUCUUUACUGGUUGCUUCUUGGAGAAUCUACGAUGGUGGGAAAAUUCUGGUAUUUCCCUUAGAAGGUAGCCACUGGGUGAACAUGGACAUUCUGAUCAAGGCUCUUCACUCUCAGGGACACACCAUCACAGUAGUACGGACAACUCAAAGUUGGUAUAUUAAAGAAGAGUCUCUACAUUACAGUUCUAUUACAAUACCUGUCAUUGAUGGUGUGGAAUUUGAGGAAUUUGUAAAGCCAAUCAUAAAGAAAGUAAUUGAUUUAGAGAGAGGAACAAGCUCUGUAUUAAACUUUAUACAUUUGCAAAUCGAGAUGUUCUCUGCAAUGUCUAAGGUUCAUGGACUGGAAUGUGACAUGGCAACUGCUGUAUUGAAAGACAAGGAUUUAAUGAAGACCCUGGAGGAGAACCAGUAUGACCUGGUGCUUACUGACCCAGCAUGGGGGACUGGUAUUUUGGUGGCUCAUUAUCUUCAGCUACCUCUAGUCUACAAUGUACGGUGGAUAACCAGUGGAGAGGGACAUUUAGCCAUUGCGCCAUCCCCCAUGUCUUAUAUUCCAAUGACUGGAUCAGGGCUCUCACACAAAAUGACCUUCACAGAGAGAGUAAAGAAUAUGAUGUUAUAUUUGCUUUGGGAAGUUCAGUACAGACUUGUAAUCCAGCCACAUUACCAGGCUGUUUGUGAUGAGUUUUUCCAACCAGGUGUGGACUUCUAUGAGUUAUUACAGGGGGCUGAUCUAUGGCUCAUGAGAGUUGACUUUGUGUUUGAGUUCCCUCGUCCCACCAUGCCUAAUGUUAUCUAUAUGGCAGGGUUCCAAUGUAAACCUGCAAAGCCUCUUCCCCAAGAACUAGAGGAGUUUGUUCAGAGUUCUGGGAAUUAUGGAGUCAUUAUCAUGUCUUUGGGGACUUUUGUGUCUGAGUUUCCACAUGAUAUAGCUGAUGUGAUAGCUGCUGCUUUUGCCCAACUGCCUCAGAAGGUAAUCUGGAGACACAAAGGAGACAGGCCAGCUACUCUGGGCAACAAUACCUUACUAGUUCAAUGGAUGCCGCAAAAUGAUCUGUUAGGACAUCCAAUGACGAGGCUGUUUGUAGCUCAUGGAGGAACAAAUGGGGUUCAAGAGGCUAUUUACCAUGGAAUUCCUGUUGUGGGUCUACCUCUGUUUUUUGAUCAAUAUGACAACAUCCUUCGUCUGAAAAAAAGAGGAGGAGCGAAGCUUUUAUCCAUGGCAACAGUAGACCAGAACAAUAACUUCCUGGAGGCCUUGCAGGAAGUUCUGGAUGAGCCAUCCUACAGGACGAACAUGCAGAGACUCUCCAGGCUACACAGGGACGUGCCAAUGGAGCCCCUGGACACUGCCCUCUUCUGGAUUGAGUUUGUCAUGAGACACAAAGGUGCUGCUCACCUGCGUACAGAGUCCUACAGAAUGCCUUGGUACUCCUACCACUCUGUAGAUGUUGUCCUGAUAUUGUUGGCUGUUGUAGUAGUGCUUAUUCUUCUUCUUGUUGCAAUAGUCAGAUAUUUAAGCGUUAGAAGUUGCUUGAAAGGAAAGAUUAAAAGUGAAUGAACAGAUCCAAUUCUCCACAUUCUGGUACACAAAAAUAAUAGGAUAAGUAUGAAUCAAAGCUGUAAUAUGUAGCUUUUAGGGUGAACCAACAAAAUCCACAUAGAUAUGUGUGUUAUAGAUCUGUCAUUCUCAUUGAAAGCAAGUCUAAGAUGCCGUAGAUAUAUUCUAUGUGCACUAUUUCUAUGAUUCCCGUGUUUAAGUUUAGUUGUUGUGUAUUUUACUUUCGGUUUUGUACACCAGCUUCAAACAGAUGAAAAUACAAUAUUAUUCAUUAAGGAAAUAUAUAUUUCACAAUCUUUA